GAAGAAGGAGACGAGGAGACGAGGAGAGGAAACAAGAUUCCUGCAGUGAUUCCUGAGGAGGAGGCGGCGGCUGAUCAGAGGGAGGAGAAGGUUCCUAGGCCACACCGGGGUCCAGGAGGCCCUACAGGAUGCCAGGAUGGCGUCGCUGCUGCCCCCUGUUGGAGUGGAACUGUUCCGACGCUUCACGCCGGCGUCUCUGGAGGAAAUCCAGCGCCGACACGACGCCGAGGAGGCGGAGCUUCAGAGGAGGACGGAGAAGAACAUCCAGAUCGCAGAGGAAGACCUUCCUAAACCCGCCAGUGACCUGGAGGCCGGGAAGUCCCUUCCCUUCAUCUUCGGAGACCCGCCCCCCGAACUCCUCAACACCCCGUUGGAGGAGCUGGAUCCAUUCUACCAAUCACAGAAGACGUUCAUCGUGCUCAGUAAGGGGAACGUCCUCUACAGGUUUAACGCUGAUCCGGCCGUUUACCUGCUGGAUCCAUUCAGCCGUCUGAGACAGGCCGCCAUCCGGAUCCUCAUCCAUUCGUUGUUCAGUUUGUUCAUCAUGGUGACGAUUCUGACCAACUGUGUUUUCAUGACGAUGAGUGACCCGCCCCCCUGGAGCAAGACUGUGGAAUACGUGUUCACCGGCAUCUACACGUUUGAAGCGUCCGUCAAAGUUCUGUCCCGAGGAUUCUGUCUAGGAAAGUUCACGUUCCUGAAGGAUCCGUGGAACUGGCUGGACUUCAUGGUGAUCAGCAUGGCAUAUCUGACAGAGUUCGUAGAUUUGGGAAACGUUUCUGCGCUGAGGACGUUCAGAGUUCUACGAGCCUUGAAGACGAUCACGGUCAUCCCGGGUCUGAAGACGAUCGUCGGCGCUCUCAUCCAGUCCGUGAAGAAGCUAGCCGACGUCAUGAUCCUGACCGUGUUCUGCCUCAGCGUCUUCGCUCUGAUUGGUCUGCAGCUUUUCAUGGGGAACCUCAAACAGAAAUGUGUCCGGUCCAUGUUCAACUCCACCGGUUGGCAUGACAACUCCACCGGUUGGCAUGGCAACGACACCGACGUCCACUUUGACUUCCAUCAGCACAUCAACAACCCGGAAAACUAUUACUACCUUCCUGGAACGAUCGAUCCGCUGCUGUGUGGGAACAGCUCUGACGCCGGGGUCUGUCCGUACGGCUACGUCUGCAUGAAGGCGGGGAGAAACCCCAACUACGGCUACACCAACUACGACACGUUUGGCUGGGCGUUCCUGGCUCUGUUCCGACUCAUGACUCAGGACUUCUGGGAAAACCUCUUCCAAAUGACGUUAAGAGCGGCCGGUAAAACCUACAUGAUCUUCUUCGUCUUCAUCAUCUUCCUGGGCUCCUUCUACCUGAUCAACCUGAUCCUGGCCGUGGUGGCCAUGGCCUACGCCGAGCAGAACGAGGCGUCCAUCGCCGAGGCCAAGCAGAAGGAGGAGGAGUACGCCGAGAUCAUGGAGCUGCUGAAGAAACGACGAGAGGAGCAGGAGAUCAGCAAGAUGGCUCUGAUUGAGAAAGGAAACGAGGAGAUCCACGACCCCACAGCUAUGGAAGACCUGGAGGAGGACCGGCGGCCAUGUUGUCCCUGCUGGUAUUCCUUCGCUAACGUCUUCCUGAAGUGGGACUGUUGCGGCUGCUGGAUUCGGCUGAAGAAAGUGCUCUUCAUCGUCGUCAUGGACCCGUUCGUCGACCUGGCCAUCACCAUCUGUAUCGUCCUCAACACCGUGUUCAUGGCCAUGGAACAUUACCCGAUGACCGAGGAGUUCGAGGAGGUUCUGACUGUCGGGAAUCUGGUUUUCACAGGGAUCUUCACGGCUGAAAUGGUCCUGAAGCUUCUGGCCAUGGACCCGUAUAACUACUUCCAGGUGGGCUGGAACAUCUUCGACAGCAUCAUCGUCACCAUGAGUCUGGUGGAGCUGGGAUUGGCCGACGUCCAGGGUCUGUCUGUGCUGCGCUCCUUCCGAUUGAUGCGAGUGUUUAAGCUGGCCAAGUCGUGGCCGACCCUCAACAUGCUGAUAAAGAUCAUCGGGAACUCGGUGGGAGCUCUGGGGAACCUGACUCUGGUCCUCGCCAUCAUCGUCUUCAUCUUCGCCGUGGUGGGCAUGCAGCUGUUCGGGAAGAACUACAAAGACUGCGUGUGUCGCAUCUCGUCGGACUGCGAGCUUCCUCGCUGGCACAUGAACGACUUCUUCCACGCCUUCCUCAUCAUCUUCAGGGUCCUGUGCGGCGAGUGGAUCGAGAACAUGUGGGACUGCAUGGAGGUUUCUGGACCGGCCAUGUGUCUGAUCGUCUUCAUGAUGGUGAUGGUGAUCGGGAACCUGGUGGUCCUGAACCUGUUCCUGGCGCUGCUCCUCAGCUCCUUCAGCGGUGAUAACUUGGCGGCUCCAGAGGAAGAUGGAGAAAACAACCUCCAGAUCGCCAUAAACCGGAUCAACCGGGGCUUGGCCUGGACCAGAUCCUGGAUCCUGCAGCAGAUCUGGACCCUGCUGGGGAAGAAGACCAGCCUGGACCUGGAGAACAAGGAGGUCAAAUCUGACGAAGACACCAAGUGUCAGGAGGUUUUGGUUCUGAGUGUCGUUGCCUCGGACCAGCCGACACCCACCGGUUACUACGGCAACAACGGCCAGAACAUCCCGUCCCUGAAGGUUCCCAUCGCCGAGGCCGAGUCCGACUGUGAGACGGAGGAGAACGAAGACGAGGAAGUGGAGGACGAUGAAGAAGAGCAGCUCUCUCAGGGUGACGAGUCGUCGGUUUGCAGCACCAUUCAGAAGCUUCCUUCGGUCCACGAGGAGGAAGACGAGGAUGAAAACGACCCCAACACGCCUGAGAACUGCUUCAGUGACAAGUGCUACCGUCGUUGUCCUCGGCUGGACGUGGACACAUCUGAGGGACGAGGGAAGAUCUGGUUCAACGUGAGGAAAACCUGCUUCACCAUCGUAGAACACAAUUACUUUGAGACGUUCAUCAUCUUCAUGAUCCUGCUGAGCAGCGGAGCGCUGGCCUUCGAGGACAUCUACAUGGAGCAGCGGCCGGUCAUAAAGAUCAUCCUGGAAUACGCGGACCAGGUUUUCACCUACGUGUUCGUGGUGGAGAUGCUUCUGAAAUGGACGGCCUACGGGUUCCAGACGUACUUCACCAACGCCUGGUGCUGGCUGGACUUCCUCAUCGUUGACGUGUCUCUGGUCUCCUUGACUGCCAACAUCCUGGGAUACUCAGAACUGGGAGCCAUCAAGUCUCUGAGGACGCUGAGGGCCCUGAGGCCCCUGAGGGCCCUGUCCCGGUUCGAGGGCAUGAGGGUCGUAGUCAACGCCCUGGUCGGCGCUAUCCCCUCCAUCUUCAACGUGCUGCUGGUGUGUCUGAUCUUCUGGCUGAUCUUCAGCAUCAUGGGGGUGAACCUGUUCGCCGGGAAGUUUUACUACUGUUUCAACGAGACGUCGGAGGAGUAUUUCUCCCCCGAGGACGUCAACAACAAGACGCAGUGCCUGGAACUGAUGGAGUAUAACUUCACCGAGGUUCGCUGGAAGAACGUGAAGGUGAACUUCGACAACGUGGGGAUGGGAUAUCUGUCGCUGCUGCAAGUGGCCACAUUUAAAGGGUGGAUGGAGAUCAUGUAUGCAGCGGUGGACUCCAGAGAGGUGGAGUCCCAGCCCGAGUACGAGGCUAACCUCUACAUGUACCUGUACUUCGUCUGCUUCAUCAUCUUCGGCUCGUUCUUCACCCUCAACCUCUUCAUCGGAGUCAUCAUCGACAACUUCAACCAGCAGAAAGCCAAGCAGGGAGGAACUGACUUGUUUAUGACGGAAGAGCAGAAGAAAUAUUACAACGCCAUGAAAAAACUGGGAUCCAAGAAACCUCAGAAACCUGUUCCCCGACCCAAGAACAAGUUCCAGGGUCUGGUGUUCGACCUGGUGGGUAAACAGUUCUUCGACAUCUUCAUCAUGGUGCUGAUCUGCCUGAACAUGGUGACGAUGAUGGUGGAGACGGACGACCAGAGCCCGGAGAAGGAGUACAUCCUGUACUGGAUCAACCUGGUCUUCAUCGUCAUCUUCACGUGCGAGUGUUCGCUGAAGCUGCUGGCGCUGCGACACCACUACUUCUCCGUGGGCUGGAACAUCUUCGACUUCGUGGUGGUGAUCCUGUCCAUCGUAGGGCUUCUCCUGGCCGACAUCAUAGAGAAAUACUUUGUUUCUCCGACUCUGUUCCGCGUGAUCCGACUGGCUCGUAUCGGCCGGGUCCUGCGUCUGAUUCGCGGAGCUAAAGGGAUCCGGACGCUGCUGUUCGCCCUGAUGAUGUCACUUCCUGCCCUGUUCAACAUCGGCCUGCUGCUUUUCCUCAUCAUGUUCAUCUUCUCCAUCUUCGGCAUGUCCAACUUCGCCUACGUGAAGAAAGAGUCGAUUAUCGACGACAUUUUCAACUUCCAGAGCUUCGGAAACAGCAUGAUCUGCCUGUUCAUGAUCACCACGUCGGCCGGCUGGGACGGCCUGCUGAGCCCCAUCAUGAACACGCCCCCCGACUGUGACCCCGACAUCGAGAACCCUGGAUCACAGGUGCGAGGGAACUGCGGCAGCCCCGGCGUCGGCAUCGUCUUCUUCUCGUCCUACAUCAUCAUGUCGUUCCUGGUCGUGGUCAACAUGUACAUCGCCAUCAUCCUGGAGAACUUCAACGUGGCCACGGAGGAGAGCGGCGACCCGCUGUGUGAGGACGACUUUGAGAUGUUCUACGAGACGUGGGAGAAGUUCGACCCCGACGCCUCGCAGUUCAUCAAGUACAGCGAGCUCUCCGACUUCUGCGACACCCUCCAGGACCCGUUGAAGAUUCCCAAACCCAACACCUUCAAGCUGAUCCACAUGGACCUUCCUCUGGUUCCAGGAGACAAGAUCCACUGCCUGGACAUCCUGCUGGCCCUCACCGCAGAAGUCUUGGGUGAUUCCGGAGCAAUGGACACACUAAAGGCUAGCAUGGAGGAGAAAUUCAUGGCCAACAACCCCUCAAAGGUGUCGUACGAGCCGAUCAGCAGCACCUUGAGGAGGAAGCAGGAGGAGUUAGCCGCUUCGGUGAUCCAGAGAUCCUACAGGAAACAUCUCCUGCAGAGAACCAUCCGCCUGGCCUCCUACACCUUCAGGGAGAAGAAGAACCGGGAUCUGGGGAAGAAUAACGCUCCUCAAAACCAGCUAACUCCUCCGGAGACCGAGGGACUGCUCUGUGAGAGGAUGAAUCAGCUGUACGGAGGUCCAGGUGGUUCACAGGAACCUCCUCGUGGUCCAGAAGGUCCACAGGAACCUCCUCGUGGUCCAGAAGGUCCACAGGAACCUCCUCGCUUCAAGGUGCAGCUGGAGAGCGACUUCCUCCUCCACGCUGCUCCUCCUCAUCACCAACCAAACCUUCAACAGGACGAGAACCUCAGGGAGUCGACCGUCUGACGACCAGAGGAAUCUCCUCCUCCAACAACGGAGGAAUCUCCUCCUCCAACAACGGAGGAAUCUCCUCCAACAACGGAGGAAUCUCCUCCUCCAACAACGGAGGAAUCUCCUCCAACAACAACGGAGGAAUCUCCUCCAACAACGGAGGAGGAAUCCUCCCCCAACAGCUUCCUGUAGCAGAACGAGCAGAAAAAUUAAUUAAUGCUCAAAAACGAGCAGCAGGACUUUCCAGUUUAACAUCUAAACCUGUUUAUUAGUGCCACGGCUGCAGCAAGAGGCACUAAUGUUAUUCUGCGGGUUUAUUAUUCAACUUAUUCAUUUUCCGGACAGAUUUCGGUUCGCUACUCCUCCUACAGCUUUGAGAAAACGCGAAAAGUAAAAACGUAGAAACGUGCGCCUUAAGCACGAAUCGUGUGCUAUGACUUUUAUAAGCGAUUGGCGUGCACGUUUUUGCGCAACGUGCACAAACGUGCGCUUUUAGCGCCAUCCGGAAUGCAUUGGGAGAACUUUGGGGCCUCACCACUCGCACACCGUUACUCGAAAAAUUAUGAACCAAUUGAGAAAGUUGUAGGCCCUGAAUUUAACUACAGUCCUGUGGAUUUUCAGAGCGAUGGCACAAAUAGUUUUUGCACGAAGUGCAAAAAACAUUUCCAAAUUUCCAAACUAAUGGGGAACUCAUUUCCCCAUGUAUUCCUAUGGCGCCAUUCAAAGCGAAUGGGAGAAAAAAGACAAAAUUCACCUUUUUUCUGAGUCACGUAUCUUUCUCAUACUCACACGUACAACUGUCAUUCAAACUUCAAAACGGAGGAAAACUUCUCUUCUCUCUCCAAACCUGAAACUGUUUUUUCCUAAAUUGUACACUUUUCAAAAUAUGAGCGCUCAAGCGAGGACUGGAAAUCACUUUUUUGUCAAAUCUAGAGUGCUGUUCUAAUUGUUUAGAGUGAGCGAAACCUUCAAAAAAUGACCAUAAUUUUUAUUUGUAACUCGAGCUCACGGCCAAACCGUUAAAGCUGGACAAAUAAUUUUUGGUCAAAAUGUAGACAUAAGUGUUGGGAUUCAGAUAAUGUGACUUUGACAGGCGGGGUAUGCACAAAAUUUAAACGGCUAUGGCUAAAGCGGCGACAAUUCCUGCCUCUGUCUCCAUUGACUGCAAUGUAAUAAAAAGUUUUCUUCAAAAAAAUCUCAUUUUUGUAUUCGAACUGCCGUUACUAACACAUUUUAAGGAAUAUCUGAAUAAAAUUAAGAUUGUCAGAAUCUGCCGGGUUCUGUCUCUCUCACGAUGUCUUUGUUUUUCUGCUAGGAGCUAUAGUUUUCUCACAAAUCAGAGUUAUUUGAGGAAAGCUGGGGUUUUCUCACAGUCAGUCCGGAACCUUCCUCAUUUCGAGGUUGUUGUUGCCGGGGCAACCAGAGCUCAGCUGUUGACUGAUUAGGCUGACCCAGAACUGGUCACAUGACCCAGUCAGUACAGACUUCAUAUACUUUAACCUGGAAAAUGGAGAAAUCUGAACCCUGACCUU